GUGAUCUCCGGUCCAAGUUCAUCAAUUACUAUUUUAUGGAUCUCUUGCCUUGCUCUGAAUUUUUCUUUUGCACCUACUCUAUAUAAAUCAGCCCCUUGCUUGCUCUCACUCAUCACCGGUCUUCACUCUUCACUAGAACUUGCCAGCAGCGCUAGUGUGCAGCGAGCCACUGACCGACGGACAAGAACAAGAUGGUCGUCGGCUGUGUCAUCACCGAGCAGUGCGCCCUGGCGGUGUCGACAGAGCGGCUGUGGAAGGUGGUCUACUCCGGCGAGGACACGGCCGCCCUGCCCAAGGCCUGCGCAGGAUUCAUCGACACCGUGGACGUCGAGGGCGACGGCGGACCCGGCAGCGUCUUCACCAUGACGCUCAGCCCGGCGGCGGCGGAGCUGUCAGGCUCGGGCGUGAUGAAGAGCCGCGUGGUGGCACGCGACAACGCGGCCAGGGUGUUCAAGACAGAGGUGCUGGAGGGCGACAAGGUAAGUGGCCAGCUCAAGUCGCAGGCGGUCGAGAUGAAGCUUGAGGCGGCAGGGGAUGGUGCUUGCGUGGCGAAGCUCCGGGUAGAGUACGAGAGGCUGGACGGCGGUGGGGCGCUGUCGGUGGAGGACCAGGCGGCGCUCGCCGCCGGGUACCUCGACCUGCUCAAGAUGGUCGAGGCAUACCUGGUCGCCCAUCCUGCCGAGUACGCCUAAUUAAACCAAAACGAGAAAAAUCAACUCUCCCUUCGUUUGAAAUUAUUUGUCGCAUAAAUAAAUAAAGUAAUAUGACCAAGUAGCCUGUGUUGUUUGCCUCCUGAUCGACUUCGCGAGAAAAAUCAAUUGGUAAGCUUUAGUAUAAAUUAUUGAGGUAUACAUGAGCGUUUAAUCCCUGUUUUAAGCUCGCAUUUCGUGUGUAAGUUGCUUCAAGAAUUAAUGGAGAUAAAUAUUUGAGCA